CUAGACGUUGCACAUCGCUAGACGUUGCUUCGCCUUGACUAGCUAGAGAUCGACAAUGUCUCAGCAGCUGCAAACCAGGUUAGACGCCCACCAAAGGAAAGUUCCACCAGCCGUCCCGCCAAAGCCGGCUACCAGACGACGCCAGAAAGUACGUCCUCCUCUCAGCGCCUGCCCCAUCUCCGUUGAAGAGAUCAUGGAUUCACAAGAUAUAGCGGCACUAGCAAUGUGGUGUAAAACUUUGAAUGUCAAAACUGACAAAUGUCGCUAUAUAGAGGAGAUUAGAGAAACUCUUCUGGAGCGAAUCACAGAAUCAUAUCAUUUGCCAACUCUCGCGUCUCCGCCCAUUGCUAUUGCUCAGUCUAUCCUCAGUGACUUUAGCGUUACGAAAGACGCAUUAAUAGAGCUAAUCAACAAGACAGAACAACUUGCUCAUGAUGAGAAGACUGCUGAGUGGUUCUCCAAACUUCAAUUUGCAGACAAGUUCAAUUUGCAGACAAUGCUUGGUAUAAAGAAGGAAUAUUUUCAAACAAUGAGAGAUGAUCUGAUCGGACGGCCAACCCUCCUAGUUGCAGGUAGCACUUCUUCUGGCAAAAGCACUUUGCUCAAUGCUCUGCUUGGAGAAUCCAUUCUUCCAACUGAUUACAAUGCCAGUACCUCUCUUCUUUGCAACAUCAGAUAUGGCCCCAAACUUGCUGUUUUCUACGACCAAAACCACAAAGUUAUAGAUAAGGUUGACCUGACUACUGUCAAAGGCCAGCAAAACCUCCGUAAAGCUAUUGUCGGAGAAAGAUUCGAAAGCAGCAGUGACCAAGGUCAUCUGACAUCUCAAGAGAAGGCAAGCGUCCAGGAUAAAUAUAAUCAAUGCUCGCGGGUUACAAUAUUGUGGCCAAGUGAGUUUCUGCAGACUGUUACAUUGAUAGACAGUCCUGGAGUGACAGACGAUGAAUCAGAAAGCUCUGUUUCGAGACAGAUCACUGAACAGUGUCAAAACGGCGUUGCUUGUGGAUUCCUCUACUUGUUGAAUGGCAGUUUACCUGCAGAAGAGGCAGCACAGGUUGGUGGUUUACUAACAGCAUACCUAAGAGGAGUUACAGAGUUCGCUUCACCUCAGUCCGCAAUAUUCAUUAUAAGCAAGUGGGACGAAGUUCCUGACGACGCAAAGGAAAGUUAUUUUCAGGUUGUAUUGAACAAGAUCCAGAAACGCUGGCGAGGAUUUAAAAGCCACCAACUUCUGACCAUGAAUUCCAAAAAAGCUAGAUUGUUUCUGCAGUUCGGCAGGAUCACUGAAGAUUUCCAUGUUCUCUGUCACUCGAUCAAAAGAAUGCUUCCAAUUGCUUUUGAAAAUAGAGUCAAGAAAUCGCUAAGAAGACUGCAUAACUUUGUGUGCCGUGCUGAGAAUGAACUAGAAACAAACUUGAGACAGCUGCAAUUGCCAAUUAAAGAAAGGCAAAUACGACAAAGUCAGGACUUUGAACUGUUAGAAAGAACUGCAGAGUUAUCAAAGACCGAACACAUCAAACAUAUUGAUUGCGAAUUAAAGCACAAGAUUACCGAUCUUGUGUACCAAGUCUCUCGUCAUCUCCAAUCAGAAAAGGGCCGAGAUGAAGUCCUCAAAUGGAAGAAAUCAUCACUACCAGCUGAACAGCAAGAAUUCUACGAUGAUAAAAAUGUACAAGCAUUUAUUUUGCAACGAGUUUGUGAGGCAAUAUGCAAGUUGGAAGGCUUUAAGCAGUUGUGUCAAUGGGCUAACACCAGCUUAGCUGAUGAUGCCACAAAAGCACUAAAAAUGCUGAACAUAUUGAACUUGGACAUCAAUUAUGGCAAUACAUGUCCAGGAAUCGUCUCAGUUACAAAAAAUUCCUUAGAAGACACAGAUGGCUGGACUGCUGUCAAAAUAACUGGAGCAAUUGUGGCAAUGCCCUUCAUACUAGCAAGUGCACCCAUUAUCCUUGCUGUUGCUGGCCCUAUUGUUGCAGCAGUUAAGUUGGUCAAGUCUUUACAAAAAGCCAAUUUUAAAGUAGCUGUAGCUAAAGCUUAUGAUGGGCUGCUCAAUGAUUACCUAGCUGACGAUUCAGGUCAGUUAAACAAAAUGGUCUCAUCAUUGCUAGAAUCUUCUUGCACGUCUGUGAAAGUUGUUUUCAGAGUAUUUCCUGAAGAACUAGGCAAAAUCCAUCAAAAGUUGAUUGCUCGUGUUAAACAAGAGGAAGCUGACAUUCCAAAAUACAAAGAGUUGUUGCAUGAGUGCCGCAAACUAAAUGGGGAGCUGUCAAAUUUUGAUCUACAUUUGAACAUUCACACCUUUACCAGCACAGAUCUCAAAUGGUCCCCGAAACAACAAGAAAUAGCCAGCGGAAGUUUUGGUGCUGUUUACAAAGUCCUUGUCACUGGAAUAGGAGAACUUGCGGUCAAAGUAAUGAUUGAACCCAUCACCGCACAAAAUGCUGCUAGUUUCAAAGAAGAACUCGACAUUUGCAGAAAGUGCAACCAUCACAACAUUGUCAAGUUUUAUGGAACAGUGCAGCUGUCACAAAAUCCUCUAAAAAUAGGAUUGCUCUAUGAAUGGUGCCAAAAAACUCUAGCUAAUGUUAUUGAAGAUGACCAACGCCAACCAGCACAUACACUGAAAGGCUUUUCAACUGCUCGACAGCUUGCACUGAGUAUUGUCAGUGGAAUCAGCUAUCUACACGGAAAUGGCAUCAUUCACAGAGAUUUGAAGCCUGAAAAUAUCCUGAUAACAGAUAAAGAAGAAGUACGACUUGCAGACAUGGGUUUGGCCAAACCCAUCAACCUAGUAACAGGUACCUUCUGUGGAACAUCUGUAUACAUGGCACCUGAAGUAUUUCAGAAAAAGCCAUACACGCGAUCAGCAGAUAUGUUCAGUGUUGGAAUCAUACUGUGGGAAAUAUGGAAUGGGAAAAGAGCAUAUUCAGGCAAUGAAUUCGAGAACCUCUCUUCUGAAAAAUUUUUUGGACACUUGGAGAAAGGACUACUUCGUCCCGGUAAGGGAAAGUUUGCUGUUGGAGAGUUGUCAUGUGAAUCAAGAGAUGAGCUUGACCAAGUUAGAGCCAAACAGUGGGUUAGCGUCACCAGAGCCUGCUGGUCAUCUAAUCCUAAAAACCGUCCUUCAGCUGAUGAAACUCAUGCCACUAUUACUGCUAUUCCUUUUGAUGAAUAAACUGGCAGCACGAAAAACUUAUUUAGGUGCAUGUAAGACAAAUUAGAAUUCAAUUGAGCAAACUUGCUUGCAAUUCUUGCUGCGUGUUGGUAGUUUGUCUGGACCUGCUUAUAUGCUGUACUCUUUAUGAAUUUGUAGCUGAAAAGUGAGUUUGAGUGUAUACUUUCACAAUCUUUGCAAUCACAGAGGAUGAAAAAUGUGGUACUGUUCA